AUGGUUAAAAGUCAGAGACCUUUCACUCGAUCACAUCUUUUAGUAGGUGUGAUUUUGUUGGUAACUUGUUUGACUUUUGUUUAUUCUGCUACCAAUUCAACCACUACUACUGAACAAAGUUCAAGUCAAUCGUCAUCAUCUACAAAUCCAACAUCAGCUACCACCUCAACAAAUACACCAACAACCACCACAACAACAGGACGUGAAUGUACAUUGAGCGACUAUGGAUCCAUUUAUACAGAAUGUUCAUCUCCUAAAGAUUUGAGAAGAGUUGUCUAUUAUAAAAAAACAAACUGUACUGGAGGCGUUCCUUUACCAGUUUCUCAAGAAGAAUUUCCAUGUAAUUUGGUUUGUGACAAUGGUUACUUUUUAAGUCCACCAAGUACAAAGUGUGAACCAUGUAAUGCUGGUGAAUAUAGUUUUUCUGGAACAUUGAUUAAUGAUUGGAGUGAUUUACCAGAGUCAUUCAAAACUAGUUGUACUUCAGAAGGUGGAAAAUCAUUUAGGUGUGCAUCUUGGAAAGCUUCAGCAAAUUCUAAAUACUUUUAUUCUGGAGAUCAAUCUAGAUCAUUGGGUAUUGUUACUUCAAGUUUGACUUAUUAUGUAAAUAUUUUGAAAGAAGCAGGAGAAGUUCAAUUCAAUUUUAGAGUUGAUGCAGAUGCUAAUGAUGGAUUGGAAUUUUACAUUGACAAUACAUUAGUAAUGGAAAGAACAGGUUAUGUUCACGAAUAUAUUGUCAAGAGUUUCCCACUUGCAAAGGGUCCUCAUAUUUUGGAAUGGAGAUAUAAUAGAACUCCUCCAAGUAGUUCUUCAAAGGAAAUGGCCUAUUUAACUUGGAUCAAAGUUUAUGGAGAAAAGCUUGCAGUUGAAAAAUGUAGCAAGUGUCCAAAAGGAACAUUUAAUGAUGAGAAGGGUAAGGAAUCAUGUAAACCAUGUCCUUUUGGUUCCUAUAAUGAUCAAUCAGGACAAAGUCAAUGUAAGCAAUGUCCUGAUAAUGAGUUUGCCUAUGAAGGAUCUACUUCUUGUACUCCAAAGCAAGAAUGCACUUCAAAUGACUAUUAUGCUUAUCAUACUCCUUGCUCAAAUGGAAAGAGAACAUUGGUUUAUGAAUGGAAGAGUCCUAGAAUCUGUUCUGGGGGUGUUGCUUUACCAGAAAAGAAACUCAAUCAAGAAUGUAGUCAAUGUCCAUUGGGUAUGUACAGAGAAAAUGACGUCUGUCAAAGAUGUUCCGGUAAGGGAGAAUAUUAUGAUACCACUUUAAAGACAUGCAAGAUUUGUUAUGAAAAUUAUGCUGCUAUCAAAUAUUUAAGAUAUGACCAAAAUUAUUUCAACGAAAUUAAUGGAAUGCCAAAAUCUUGGACUACAAAAUGUAUUGGAGAAUGUGAUAAAUCCAAUAAUGGAUGGACUUUUAAUUCAAAUGCUGAAACUAAUGAAGCUUACUUGGAUGCUGCUGGAAAUGGUUAUGGAGAUGAAACUGUGCUUACUAUUCCUAUUCAGUUGCAUACAUUUGGUACUAUUGAAUUCCAAUGGGAAUUGCCUGAUAAUAAUAAUAAGGAUGACACAUCCGUUUUGCUAUUCUUUGUGAAUAAGACUUUGGAGACUGAUAUCUCUAGAGAUAACUCACCAGCUAAUAAGGGUACUUAUAAAUCCAAGUACUAUCCUCCAGGUCGUCACCUUCUUAGCUUUGCUUACGACAAGUACGAUACACCUUACAAGCAAUCAACAUUCAGAAUUAGAUCAAUUGUUAUUGAAGGUGAAGAGUACGGAGCAGCACAUACUUGUGCCGAAUGUAAGGAAGGCCACUAUUGUACUCAAGCUACUGAUGAAUAUCUUCCAUGUAAACCUGGUACUUAUUCUAAUCUCAAACAAGAAUAUUGCAUGUCUUGCUACAGAAACACUUUCCAAAACAAAUGGGGUCAAAACAGAUGUUUGAAUUGCGGAACUGGAACAUACUCUGAUACAGGAAGUGCUGAAUGUAUUAAUACAUGCACCUACAAUGUUCCUGGAACUGAGCUCAUGUAUAAUAUCACUGACCUUCAAGAAGCUCUUGACAGGGAAUUAGGUGUUAUAGGACCUCUCGCUCUACCAAAUUCCACCUUCAAUCUUUACUUUAGUUUGUGUCAAAAAUUUGAUACUGCCAAUACCAAAUUCUGUACUAAAGAAUCCAGAUCUGUAGUUUUGGAAGAGCAAAGAAGGGAAGUUACUAACAAGAAUCGUAGAAAGGGAUAUAGAACCUAUUCAUGCAUUGAGGAUGUUUCUUACGCAAACUUGAAAUACAAGCCAAGUGGUGAUAUGGGUUCUACAAUAUCCUAUGAUGCCUCCACUGGAAAUGGUAUUAAGGUUAUGUUCUCUACCGAUUAUAGAUGUCCAAACAAUGGUGGUGUCUAUAACACAAAGAUAGAUCUCAGAUGUAAUCCAAAAGUAGGUCUGGGAAAGCCAGUUAUUCUCACUGGAGCUAAUCCUGAUGCCACUGUUGAUGACGUUUGUACAACCAAUAUUCUUUGGGAAAGUAAUGUAGCAUGCCCAGUCUGUACAAUGUACGAUUAUGAGAGUGUUUUGCAACCAGAAUGUGAAAAUGGACAAAGAAAGAGAACUUGGUACCUUAAGCCAGGAGCAACUUGCUAUCCUUAUGCUCCAAUGUCAACUUCUCUUCCUCAAUCAGAACUCGUUCCUUGUACUGUCUGUGCUGCUGAAGAUUACACAACAGUAGAAACAAAGUGUGAAAAUGGACGUUCUACUAUCAAGUACGUGUGGAAGGAACCAAAGAUUUGUCUUGAUGGUGAAAGUUUACCUGCAGAUAGAAGCAUUACUUGUGAUGAAUUUGAAAUUGGAAAAUUAACUGCAGUGACUGCUCUUUUCGUUUUCGGUUCUGUUUUCGUCUGUCUGGUUGCUGUUAUCAUAUUCUUCUACUUUAAGAACAAGCAAUUGUACAGUCAAUACGAAAGAGUUGGUGGAAAGGAAAAUGAAUUUGAGAUGAGCCCAGGUGGCCUUGGUGAAUUGGAACUCGAAGGCAGCGACGAUGAAGAUAGUAUUGAAAUGGGGUUCACCACAACCAAGAAUCAUCCUGAAGACGAAUCUGAUGAUGAAGAUAGAGUCUAAAAAAACUCAAUUUGUAAAUAGUUUCUCAUCCCACAAACGAUGUUGACAUGCUGAUCUUUCUAGUGCAUCCAACACAGAGAUGGGAUUUCAUCAAAAAUCUUUAAUUUUUUGUAAUGAGAUUUUCAUUUUCUUUCAAGAGCACUAUUAUGGCUCCAAUAAAUUAUUUAUUAUUAGU